AAGAAAUGUUUAUUUGAUUUUAUGAUUUUGUGUUUACGUUUUGGACAGAAUAAAUAAAUAAUUUUCUUGGGAAAUGGAAAAGGAAGAUGAAUUUCUACAUUCAUUUUUCACAUAUAUAUCACAAAUAUGUUUCGAGAAAGCAAAGGAACUUAUAGAAAGAGAAAAAGACCUGCAUAAAUCUCCUCUGAAUGCAGCAUGGUACAGUUUUUUGAAUUUUCUGCAACAGCUUGCUCUGUCCGAGAAAAGUUAUAUUGAGAUCGGUUUUCUUCAAACAAAAAAUAAGGGCUUCUUAAGAAAAGAUAAUUCUCUAAGAGCGAUUUAUGAGUCAAUGAAAAUCGAUAUUAGGAAACUAGAAGAAAACUUCAAAGUUAAUAACAAAAGGGUUCAAAAUUAUUGUCAGAAUAUUUAUCAGUUUCUAAGUGCAAAAAUUAACCUCAUCGAACUAUAUGAAAAAAUUUAUCAAAUGGGAAUUGGAAAACAUUCAAGAUACUUGGAAUUAUUAAAUUUCACUGAGAACAUCAUUCAAAAAAAUGCACUUUGUUUCACAGAUAUAUGUCUAACUCCUGUAAAGGCAGUUUUCAAUUUAGAAUGUGAAAUAUUGCAACAACUCUUCAAGGCCCUAACUGAACUCCAACGUUUACAAUUUCUACCAUCUCUUGUUUUAAUUCAUGGGGCACAUACUAGACUGAAUGCUUGGGAAGGAAGAAUUCAAAAAGAGAGUUGGAAACUAGGAUUUCUUAAGAACAAUCCAUCACCAGCUUUGCUUCAGUGGUUACUCAAGCUGAAAGGCAUUGUUCUUAGCAAAUUCAGCCUAUACUUCCACAAUACUCUGGCACAACAAACGACUCCAAAUGAUAUGAGGAACAUCUGUGUAAAAUUACAGCAUGAUCAUUACCAAAAAAUGGUUUCUUUCCAAAAGAAGCAUGAUGCCGCAUACGUCAUACUGCUGUCGGAUAAUCAAGUUCUAUAUGAUACUACCGAUUAUGAUAGUUUUCCGAUUAUUGUGUCUUAUCCACCUAAAUGCCCACCUCAUCUGGAAACCAUAAUGAGAAUGAUAUCUGAGAAUGUUUCAGAUCUAGUUAUUGUGGACAAAAUUGUUCAUAAAUAUAGUAGUCAAGAACAACGAACAUAUGUGAUAACAACUGUGGAACCUAACAUAUAUCUAGUGAUUAUAUUUGAGUCGAAAAAAUUUGAAAAAGAAGCGUUUAUAGAGAACUUCAUAUCAGAAAUAUGUAUUAAUUUGAGAUGUACCAAAGUUUUCACAAAUCUCAAGUACAAUAUAAAAUAAUCUUUUUGCCAUCCGAAAUUCCCUUCAAUAAAAUAUGAGAAGUA